UCAUGACAUAAGAAAUUGGUAUUUUUAAAAGGGAACGGGGCGGACUGCAGAAAUCGACGUAGCUUUGCUUUGGUCGCUAACUCUGUUUAAAAUUUGUGUGUUUUCAAUAAAUUGACAAGUGAGACCACCACCGACCCAAAUUUGCGAAACAGAGUCGCAGCAAUGACGGGAAUAAUUUCGAUCGUAACGAGGCGGCUGCCCCAAACUUUGGGAAUGCGAGCCCUGCGGAGUAAUGAGCUGAAGCGUUGCAUCCGCCAGUAUUCCCGGCUAGUCGUCUGCGCCGCACAACAGCAGCAACUGCUCCGCCAAAAUGCCUCUAACCGCUGCCAGGAGGCUCCCAGGAUUCUCACCUGGCAGGGCAUCCACACUACGUCGAGCAUGUGGUCGGAGCAGACCGUGAAUGUACCUCCUUUCGCGGACUCCAUCGCCGAGGGUGAUAUCAAGUUCACCUGCAAGGUGGGUGACUCAUUCGCCGCCGAUGAGGCUGUCAUGGAAAUCGAGACCGACAAGACCACGGUGGCGGUGCCAGCUCCCUUCGCCGGCUCCCUUACCGACAUCCUGGUGAAGGAUGGGGACACUGUCAAGCCCGGCCAGGCUCUGUUUAAGAUCAAGCCAGGUGCAGCGCCCGCCAAGGCAGCUGCUCCAGCGGCGGCCGCCCCUGCUCCUGCCGCUCCGAAGGCUGCCCCAGCUCCCGCAGCCGCCGCACCCAAGGCGGCUCCCGCUCCAGCUGCCGCCGCCGCUGCCAAGCCACCACCACCGCCACCAAAGGCAGCGGCUCGCCCGCCGCCUGCUGCUCCAGUGGCUGCGCUCAAGCCGGCCGUUGCCCAGGUGAAGGUGCCGCCUGCAGACGGGUCGCGCCAGAUUUUGGGCACACGGUCUGAGCAGCGCGUCAAGAUGAACCGCAUGCGCCUAAAAAUUGCUGCUCGCUUGAAGGAUGCCCAGAACACAUGUGCUAUGCUCACCACUUUCAACGAAAUCGAUAUGAGCUAUGCCAUGGACUUCCGCAAGCAGAAUCUGGAGACAUUCGUCAAGAAGUACGGCAUCAAGUUUGGCUUCAUGUCCAUUUUCUCGAAGGCCAGUGCCUAUGCGCUGCAGGAUCAGCCCGUGGUGAACGCCGUCAUCGAUGGCACGGACAUUGUGUACCGCGAUUACGUGGACAUUUCAGUGGCGGUGGCCACGCCCCGCGGCCUGGUGGUGCCCGUCAUCCGGAACGUGGAGGGCAUGAACUAUGCUGACAUCGAGAUCGCCCUGGCCGGUCUGGCCGACAAGGCGAAGCGGGAUGCCAUCACCGUGGAGGACAUGGACGGCGGCACCUUCACCAUCAGCAAUGGCGGAGUGUUUGGAUCCCUGAUGGGCACGCCCAUCAUCAAUCCGCCACAAAGCGCCAUUCUCGGCAUGCACGGUAUCUUUGAGCGGCCAAUUGCUGUCAAGGGAGAGGUCAAGAUUCGCCCCAUGAUGUAUGUCGCUCUGACCUACGAUCACCGAAUCAUCGAUGGACGCGAGGCGGUUCUGUUCCUGCGCAAGGUCAAGGCUGCUGUGGAGAACCCAGCGAUUAUUGUAGCCGGAUUGUAGAGUGAAUUGUCUAAAAACGCGUCCACGGCCUUCAUUUGAUAUUAGCCUCUUUAAUUUGAAUCUAAUUUUUUGGGUAUUUAUUAUUUUAAUUUGCGAGCGUCACAAAAAAAAGAGAAAAAAUAAUUGAACUCUACUCGCAGCAGCGGAAGUAGUCAAAAUAAAUUAAACGUGGAUCUUUUCAUAAAACUAAACUGUGCACUGAAUGUUUAUAUUAACGUAAGACUCUGCGAUGCAAUGUCGUAAUAAAACAAUGACGAUUAUUGACCAACCUCAA